CAAACUAAUCAAUCAAAGAUGUUCAGUGGACCAUUACUGUUUCUAAUGAUAUGUUACUUUGACCGAGUACAAUUCAAAGGCCAAAUUAUGCAGAGUGCUUAUCCAACCAUUAGAAUCUGGGACAAGGAGAGAAUUGACAAAAGAGUCAAAGAUGAGAGAAAGGUGGGCUUUGGUCUGGGAAAGGUGACAAAGCGAAUAAUAACAGUCGAAGAGGAAGACAAAGAUGAAGAGGAAGCAGGAAAAGAAGAUGAAGAAAAUGAAGAUGCUGAAAUGUUGUCAAAGGAGGAUUGUGUGAAGGAGAUUAUAGCUGUGGCACAAAAGUUUAGUGAUGCUUUUGUGGAAUUCUCAAAGUUGCCGUCAACCAUUGCAAAAAAGUUCCCCAAUUCUGAUAUCUUGAAGAAGAUAUACUUGAC